AUGGCUUCGCAUUACAGCAAUUCAUACUACGCACCGGCCAGCAAUGAGCAGCCGCGGCGACAAGAGCGCACGCGCUCGAGCAACGGAACUGUCAGUACCACAGUGAGCUCGUCCUCUGGACGGGAGUCUGCAGCAACCCACAUGACGGACGUGCCAGCCUACUCGAAGAAGAUUGUUGUGGUCGGCGAUGGCGGUUGUGGCAAGACGUGCUUGCUUAUCAGCUACAGCCAAGGUUAUUUCCCAGAGAAAUAUGUCCCAACCGUUUUCGAAAACUACAUCACCUACCCCACACAUAGUCCUACUGGAAAGACUGUUGAGCUGGCAUUGUGGGAUACCGCCGGUCAAGAAGAAUACGACCGUCUUCGCCCUCUUUCUUAUCCUGAGACGGACUUGAUUUUCGUCUGCUUCGCGAUUGACUGCCCAAAUUCACUGGACAAUGUUCUGGACAAGUGGUACCCCGAAGUCCUUCACUUCUGCCCGUACACGCCGCUCAUUCUGGUCGGCCUCAAGUCAGAUUUGCGCUACAAAAAGUCUUGCAUUGACAUGCUCAAAACCCAGGGCCUGACACCAGUCACCACGGAACAGGGACUGGCCGUUUCCGAGAAGAUGGGCGCUCAGUACAUGGAGUGCAGCAGUAAAGAAAUGCUAGGAGUCGACGAGAUCUUUGAGCGCGCCAUUCUAACAGUUGUUGCCAAUGACAGGCGGAACUAUGACGCCAUGGGAUCCGGCUCUGGUAAUGAAAAGAUGUUGCCGAUUCCCGGAAUGAAGCCACCCAAAAAGAAGAAGAGACGAUGCCAGAUUCUUUAA